AUGGCCUUAACCAAUGCUCUCGCACGGACAGCGAGCUGCAGCGUCCGACUCCGGUUUCGUCUAAUCCAUAAUUUUCAGAAAGCACGUCAGUUCUCUGUGUCACCGCCUCCCCAGGUUGCGCCAUCAACUCAGCACCCGUUCGCCUACGGGGCAAACGAUGAAGUCUCACGUCUUGCGGCCAGCCGUCGUCGGCCAUUGACUCUUGCGGAUCUACUGAAACACGGCCGUCCGCCGUUAUCGAAAGAUGCUCUCCUCGCAUCGGCCAAUUUUACUCUUUCACUUCUCCCUGCCCGGCUUGCAUCUCGAAUCGAAGCUCUACGGAACCUCCCUUUUAUCAUUGUUUCGAAUCCACAUGUCUCGAAGAUAUAUAAUAAUUACCUUCACUCCUUGUCCACACUUCUCCCUUACCAGCAACGGCAAAUCACAACACUCGAGGAAGAGAAGCACUUUGCAGAAGUCUUGGCGGAUCUAGUCCACACCCAUACAAAUACAAUUCCCAUUCUUGCGCGUGGAUUUCUAGAAUGUCGCCGAUAUAUCGAUCCGACGGAGGUGACUCGGUUCCUAGAUACCCACCUGCGGGCGCGUAUCGGCACUCGGCUGAUAGCUGAGCAACACUUGGCGCUCCAUUUUGCUUCACAACCGAUUAGUGAUGAUGGCAAACCACCAAACAGCACAUCUCCAUCGAAUUAUAUCGGUGUCAUUGACACUGCCCUGCAACCGGCACGCAUUGUCAAGCUCUGUGAGGACUUCGUUGGAGAGAUUUGCGAACUGAAAUAUGGGGUCCGCCCACGACUUACGAUCGGCGGACAACCGGAUGCCACCUUUGCGCAUGUUCCUGUACAUGUCGAAUACAUACUCACAGAACUGCUGAAGAACGCAUUCAGAGCCGUGGUUGAAGCUGGGAACGAACGCGAACCUGUUGAGGUGACCAUCGCUGCUGCGCCUGACGUUCCAAGAAACCAUGUGCGUGGGCCGUACUCCGUGUCGGUGGGAACUUAUCCCAAUCAUCCCAAUUCGGAUGUUGGGUUCGAGAUGGACACCGUUGUGGGAACCGCAGAUGCGAACGAAUCAAUUAAAUUCUCGUCUCCCUCCACGCAAAGCAUUACAAUCAGAAUCCGCGAUCGGGGUGGUGGAAUCCCUCCCGAGAUUCUACCCAAUAUUUGGUCCUACAGUUUCACCACUUUCUCCGAUCUUGACUUGCAGGGAUCGGAGAAUGGGAAUAUGGAUGCCCUCAAUGCCAUGUCCUCAAGCAGUGGUCAUUUGAGUAGCAUCGCAGGACUCGGAUACGGAUUGCCACUGAGUAGGGCAUAUGCUGAAUACUUUGGUGGUAGUAUCGCCGUACAGAGCCUAUGGGGUUGGGGGACUGACGUGUAUCUGACUUUGCAAGGAGUUGGUAAGGUCGGUUGA